UCACUUCAGGCAGGCCCAUCACUGACAAAUAACUGACUUCAUUUGUUUUAAUGUGUUGCACAGUCAUUUUGGACUGUUCUCGCCCAAAAUAAGAUGUUUAAUAAGGAACAGUAAACGGAAUAAGACUAAAAUAACCCCAAUAUUUUGAAGCGGACCGCGGUUUUAAUACUCGCCCUAGCUGAACACUUCUAGAAGUUUUACCCACGAUCCCCUGCGUGCUCAACAUGGAGGAACUGACGGUGGAGGUUCGUGGCUCCAAUGGAGCUUAUUACAAGGGCUUCGUCAAAGACGUUCAUGAUGACUCACUCUCCAUUUCAUUUGAAAACAACUGGCAACCAGAAAGACAAGUCCCCUUUAGUGAUGUCCGCUUGCCACCUCCAGCUGAUGGCAAGAAGGAGAUCGGUGAAGGAGCAGAAGUGGAGAUCUACUCGCGAGCGAAUGAACAGGAGCCAUGCGGCUGGUGGCUGGCGAAAGUACGAAUGAUGAAGGGAGAUUUCUAUGUGAUAGAGUAUGCUGCGUGUGAUGCAACGUACAAUGAAAUUGUUACUUUCGAACGCCUUCGACCGGUGAACCUCAACAAAGCCGUGACGAAAAACACUUUCCACAAGUGCACUGUUCCCGUUCCUGACGACCUGAAAGAUGCUUGUACAAAUGAGAACGCUCACAAGGACUUUAAAAAGGCCAUUGGGGCAAGUCGGAUAGUUUACAGCCCAGAGACUGGCAACCUGGUCAUACUGUCUGUUUGUGAGUCCACUGUGAAGCGGGUUUCUCUACUGAGUGAUAUGCACUUAAGAAGCAUCCGUACCAAGCUCAUGCUCAUGUACAGGAACGAGGAAGCCACAAAGCACUUGGAGAGCACAAAACAGCUGGCCUCAGCCUUCCAAGAGGAGUUCACUGUGAGGGAGGAUCUCGUGGGCCUUGCCAUCGGCAGCCACGGCAGCAACAUCCAGCAGGCCAGGAAAGUACCAGGAGUUACAGCCAUUGAGCUGGAUGAAGAAAGUGGUACCUUCAGGGUGUAUGGUGAGACUGAAGAAGCAGUUAAGAAAGCAAGGAAUUACUUGGAGUUCCUUGAAGAGUCUGUACAAAUCCCUAGAAACCUAGUUGGCAAGGUUAUUGGCAAGAAUGGCAAGGUCAUUCAGGAGAUCGUAGACAAGUCUGGAGUGGUCCGGGUACGAAUCGAAGGCGACAACGACAACAAACUUCCCAGACAAGAAGGAAUGGUCCCAUUCACAUUUGUUGGUACUAAGGAGAGCAUCGGCAACGUGCAAGUCCUUCUAGAGUACCACAUUUCCUACCUAAACGAGGUGGAGCAGCUGAGGCUGGAGAGGCUGCAGAUUGAUGAACAGCUGCGGCAGAUCGGGCUGGGCUACCGGUCCGUUCCUGGCCGUCCUGCAGAAAAGGAUAAGGGCUACAACACGGACGAGAGUGCGUCCAAUGCCCCUCUGCACUCCAGCCGCUCCUACGCUGGCAGGGGGCGCGGCCGCAGGGGGAUGCACUACACUUCAGGUUACGGCACAAACUCUGAGCACUCAUACGCCUCUGAGACCGAUUCGGAGCGCAAGGAUGAGCUGAGUGACUGGUCCCUGGCAGGGGAAGAGCCGGAUCGAGGAGUCCGGCCGCAGAGAGACAGCCGGAGGCGACCUCUAGUGGGGCGGGGUCGUGGAGGACCAGGACUGAGAGGUCGUGGAGCAGGGAGAGGAGGCACCAUGAGCUCAGUUCUGAGAGACCCUGACCGGAACCCCUACAGUCUUCUAGACAACACGGAGACGGACCAGACAGCAGACACGGAUGCGAGUGAGUCACAGGUGAACACGAACCGCCGUCGCCGCUCGCGCCGUCGCCGCACGGAUGAGGAUGCCACGCUUAUUGAUGGCAUGAGCGAGUCUGACAAUGCUUCGGUCAGCGAGAAUGGCCUAGAUGACUCUGAGGCUAAACCGCAGCGGCGUAAUCGUAGUCGCCGCCGCCGCUUCCGCCCUCCAGAGGAGAGGCAGCCAGUUACUGUGGCUGAUUACAUAUCACGAGCUGAAUCGGAAAGCAGGCAGAGAACACCGAGAGAUCUGAAGAAGAAUAAGAAAGAUAUGGGGCAGGUGGAGAGCAUAGCAGAGCACAGUGUCUCUAAUGCGGUGAGCAACGGCCCCAGCGCCAAUGGAGACGAGCAGAAAAAAGCAGCACGAGCUUCCACAGAGAAAAACACCCCCAAUACCUCCGGUGAGGGGGAAAAGCCUGCUGUUAAUGGACUCUCCUAAGCAGUUUGCUCUAUUCUUUUUCUUGUUUUACUUUUUUCAGAAAAAGUCAUAACCUUUACAUUUUUACAAUAGUGCUUGUACAAGCUUGCCAAAGAUAGACAUACGGACUUCCAGAUUUUCUACUGCACUUUUCCGUUCCUUCACCAUGGAACAGGUAGGAGGGGAGGAAAGAUAAAAAAAAAAAAAAAAAAAAACACAAAGACAAAAAAGACGAGCCCUGAAGAGACGAAACCUGAAACUUGAUUCACAUCUAAGUAAGUUUAAAACAUGAUCAGAUGUUGUGCCUUCAGAGAGUAGAUUCACCCGUAAAGUGGCCGGCUGUAGGGAAAAUAAGGUAAUAAAAUGGGAAGAUCCCAGAUAUCUGAAUUUUGAAGAGAAGAGAGUUAGCUGCAUUUUGUUUUAAUAUGCAACCACUUCAUACAUCAAGGAGGGGAAGGAAAUUUAGUAAACCCAGUCUGGAAAAGAGGAUGUUAUUGCACUGAACUGUAAUUCCUUUCCCUUAAGAAUAAUGUUCUAACUGGUCUGUUUGUUCAUUUUAAAUGGUGUAUGGAAAAACACUCCAUGUGACUAUCGGAAAGAUCAAAUUUGUUCUGAUUCAUCACCUGUCAGGCUGUAACAAUGAUGACAGUGACUGUUUAGCAAACAGAGCCUUGUUUUGGUUUAUUUAUUUUUAAAUGUACAGUAUUUAAAAGAAGAAAAACAAAAACAAAAGCAGUUAUUCUUUUAACACUAAACUGGCUGCCUGAACGUAUUUGCACGCAGGUGACAAUUUGGACUACUGAAAGAACGACUUCCAGAUUUUCUGUUCUGUAAACUACGUUUGAGUCCUUAUUUCUUUCUUUUAUUUCUUUUUUAAUGAUCAUUCUGGUUGUUUGAUGUGCAAUAUGUUUUGUAUGCAGUUAGUUCUUGAAUAAAAGUUUGAUCUUCCAGUCA